AUGUCCGAAGCUGAGUUGGAGGCUGAAGUGGAGGAUGGGGUGUCCGACACUUCACCCAUGCUGCCUGGGCCCCCCUCACUCCGCCUGAAAGUUCCCCACCUUCGCCCAGAGCCCCUGGGUCCUGCUGGGCGCUGCCUCUGGGCACUGAUGCUGGCCAUUGCCAACCUGACUCUCCUCUUUCUCCAUUUGCUGCUACCCAUUGCUGUGUUCUCUCUGGCACUGCUGCCAUCGGCUGCUGUGGUCUAUCUGGGCUUCCACUGUCACUCUAGGGUGCUGCGCUCGGAUUCCCGCCCGUGCCGGGCCCUGCUAGACGACCGCAGCUCGUCCGCGCUCAUUGUCCUCGGCUUCCUGACGCUGCCCCCUCUGCUGGUGCUGGCCUCUGCUGCCUACGGCCGUCUGAUCCGCCGCCUGUGCCCGCUGCUGCCGCUGCCGCCACCGCCCUGGGCCGCAGCCUGCGCCCGAGGCUCCUCAACCAAGCCCCAGGGAAGCUGCCUAGAAACCCAGGGAAGCUGCCUAGAAACCCAGAGAAACUGCCUAGAAACCCAGGGCAGGUGUGAGGGUGACAGCCAAGCCCGGGAUUGGGUGUGAGGUCCUGAUCAAAGAGCCGCAGCGCCAGGUCCCAGAGACACUUUCUGCCCCAAGUUUCUGAACACCCCAGUUCAGGUCGUCCCAGUUCCCCACGAUGGGAUCCCAAAGCCAUCUCUUAUUCUCCAUUUCCAGAUGCUGGCGGCCCCCAGGUCCCAUCCCACCUCAAACCCUAUGCUUUGUCUCCUGGAAGUCCUAGGUCCUGCAUCUCCCUGCUCAGGGCGGUCUAGGACCCCUCCUCUCUGGAAGGGACUGAGUCCAUAAUCCAAGUCUUCUCCUCACCAGAAGAACCCAGGGUCAAAUUUUCAGUCUCAACACAAAUAUUCCCCAAUGAAAAUCCUAGGGUUUCCUACCCCUACCCUCAGGGGACCUAAAGUCCCUUGCUUCCCAGCAAGGUGUCACAUACUUGAGAACCUCAGGAGGUCCAGUAGCUUUGCCCUUGCUGACGACCUUGCCCCCAUCUCCCUCAUCAAUCCAUU